AGGGGAGUUAUCGCGAGAGAAGCCAGGGGAAGAUGGCCGUCCCCUGUUUUUCGGUGUGAAGCAGUGGCGGCGGCUGCGGCGGUGGAGACGGGGAUUCUGGUGUCGUGGGCACCUGAACUCUAGCUCCCCCCAGCGAGCGCGCGUCCCUUCGUACCUAGGCGAGAGCCGGCUCUUCUUCCUCCGGGAGAUGCGUUUGUCCCGGGCUCAGGGGCGCUCUGGGAGUUCAUGCUGCGCUGGAGUAUCCUGGCCACCGCUCUAAUCGCCUUGUGCGGCCGCAGCGCAAGCUUCGUCGCCAGGGGUGAACCUCCUGGAUCCCCUCUCUGCCCCUGGCGGCGAUGACCGGGGAGAAGAUCCGCUCAUUGCGGAGGGACCACAAGCCCAGCAAAGAAGAGGGGGACCUGCUGGAGCCCGGGGAUGAGGAAGCGGCGGCUGCCCUCGGCGGCACCUUUACCGGAGGCAGGAUUGGCACAGGCAGCAGCAGCAAGGGCGGUAGAGCCUGUCAUAAGAUCUUCAGUAACCAUCACCACCGGCUACAACUGAAGACAGCUCCGGCCUCCUCCAAUCUCCCCGGCGCCCCGGCCCUGCCGCUGCACAAUUCCUCCGUGACUACCACCUCCCAGUCCCCGGCUCUUUUAGCGGGCACCAACCCCGUUGCUGUCGUCGCAGGUGGAGGCAGUUGCCCCGCACACUACCCGGUGCACGAGUGCGUCUUCAAGGGGGAUGUGAGGAGACUGUCCUCUCUCAUCCGCACGCACAAUAUCGGGCAGAAAGAUAAUCACGGAAACACUCCUUUACAUCUUGCUGUGAUGUUAGGAAAUAAAGAAUGUGCCCAUUUACUUUUGGCUCACAAUGCUCCAGUAAAGGUGAAAAAUGCUCAGGGAUGGAGCCCGCUGGCGGAAGCCAUCAGUUAUGGAGAUAGACAGAUGAUUACAGCUCUUUUAAGGAAGCUUAAGCAGCAAUCCAGGGAAAGUGUUGAAGAAAAACGACCUCGAUUAUUAAAAGCCCUGAAAGAGCUAGGUGACUUUUAUUUAGAACUUCACUGGGAUUUUCAAAGCUGGGUGCCUUUACUUUCCCGAAUUCUGCCUUCUGAUGCAUGUAAAAUAUACAAACAAGGUAUCAAUAUCAGGCUUGACACUACUCUCAUAGACUUUACUGACAUGAAGUGCCAACGAGGGGAUUUAAGCUUCAUUUUCAAUGGGGAUGCGGCACCCUCUGAAUCUUUUGUAGUAUUAGACAAUGAACAAAAAGUUUAUCAGCGAAUACACCAUGAGGAAUCAGAGAUGGAAACAGAAGAAGAGGUUGACAUUUUAAUGAGUAGUGAUAUUUACUCUGCAACUUUAUCAACCAAAUCAAUUUCUUUCACGCGUGCCCAAACAGGAUGGCUUUUUCGGGAAGAUAAAACAGAAAGGGUAGGAAACUUUUUGGCCGACUUUUAUCUGGUGAAUGGACUUGUUUUAGAAUCAAGAAAAAGAAGAGAACAUCUCAGUGAAGAAGAUAUUCUUCGAAAUAAAGCCAUUAUGGAGAGUUUGAGUAAAGGUGGAAACAUAAUGGAGCAGAAUUUUGAGCCAAUUCGAAGACAGUCCCUUACCCCUCCUCCUCAGAACACUAUUACAUGGGAAGAAUAUAUAUCUUCUGAAAAUGGAAAAGCUCCUCAUCUGGGUAGAGAACUGGUGUGCAAAGAGAGUAAGAAAACGUUUAAAGCCACAAUAGCCAUGAGCCAGGAAUUUCCCUUGGGAAUUGAGUCAUUAUUGAAUGUUUUGGAAGUAAUAGCUCCCUUCAAGCACUUUAAUAAGCUUAGAGAAUUUGUUCAGAUGAAGCUUCCUCCAGGCUUUCCUGUAAAACUAGAUAUACCCGUGUUUCCUACGAUCACAGCCACUGUGACUUUUCAGGAGUUUCGAUAUGAUGAAUUUGAUGGCUCCAUUUUUACCAUACCUGAAGACUACAAGGAAGACCCAAGCCGUUUUCCUGAUCUUUAACUGACACAGAAAAUGAUGCCAUUCAACCAAGGAAAGCUAGAGAAUGCAGAGACCCCAGAAGUGAAUUCAAAUAGAAGGGACAAAUGUUUUCAUUGAAGAAAAGGGAAUUAUGUUGGAUCGACACAUCAGUGAUAUGAUAUAAUGAAAUGGGCCUCUAAUAAGAAUUCCAGCAAGUUUCCUGAUGUGCCAUUUUCAGUCUUUUUAAAAAUAUACAUAUUAUAAGUGUAAUAGUUUGACAGCUUAAUGACCCCAAGUCCUUCUUAUGUAAAACAGCUAUGAGUGCUGUGAUUUGUUUUUAAAAAUUUUUACACUUCUUGUUGAAAUAUAUAUGCAUAUAAAUAUAUCUAUAUCUAUAUAUAAAACACUCCUGGACCAUUAACAUAAAUUAAAUGUCUUAAGAGAUAUGAAGCCCUUUUAAACUUGUCAUCUUAUAUUCAAGGUGACCUUUAUAAAUAUUCCUUCAAGCUUUGUUUUCAUAAAAUGUAAAGUAUGUAACAUUAUGUAUAGUUCAGUAAUUUGAAUGUUUGUUCAAUAUAAUGAACUAGAAGGAAUGCAGUUUUCUGUAGCUGAAUGAACCAAAUGGUAACCAUUAAACAAUUGCAUUUAUAUGUUGCAAUACACUUCAGAAGGAGCAUUCUCUCUGCAGGGAAUAAGGUACCUCCUUUAGCACCUUAGUGCAAUUCAUUGUGGUGCUAUUUGUUUUUACCUGAAUUCUUUCUUCAAUGGAAAAUGUUUGUUAAUAAUCUUCCUUUCAUAGAAACUUUUUUUUUUUCUAAACUUGAGUUUAAAAGUCCUUUUUGUGUUCAUGAUGAGCAUGCUUAAAGAUAUUCUUCUUCCAAAUCUGAGCACUUUAAAAAAAUUCCAAAUUUUUAAACUUGCUUCCUAAGUGCACAUCAUUCUGAUUAUUUUGUUUUUAGUGGAAUAUGGAUGCAUUUGUGUCAGUUUUAAAAACAAUCCACAUAUUUUGGGCAUCCCUACAUAUUUAAUGCUUUCAAAAUAAGGUAAAAACAUUUUAUAUGCUAAUAGAAUAUAUUUGUUACAAGUUAAAUUCCAGAAACAUACACAAGAUUGACAAUUCCUACUGUUUAUUUUUUUAAGUAAGUCACAAGAAAAUAUUUAUUGAUUUUAAUUAUCUCCAAAGUGUUAAAAUCAUGCAUUAUUCAUUUUUGCACAUAAAAAUUUUUCAUACUUAUUCCAAGAUGGUUUGAAGGUCCAACAAUGACAAUAAAUUAGGGAGAAUAAUGUAUAACAGUCAUAAAAUGUUAUGUUGUAUUAAAGAGCUUAGCUAAGGAAAUGUUUUUUAAAUGUAUCUUGAAAAAUGUGUCAGAAUGCAUCUGUCAAGUUUUUUAGAGUGACCAGUAACUUUUUUCAGGAUUUUAAAUAAUUUGAAUGAGUUUAGAGACCUUUAUUGAAGAGAUGGCUUAAAAAUCCGAAGCAUCAACCAUAAGAAAAAUUUUGUAAUAAACAUCUUUAAAGCUGCAUCUUCCAUGCUGGUACAUACUACAUUGCAUAUGUUGACAUUUUAUUAAAUACAUUUUAUAAUGGAGAAAAAUAAUCAUAGUUAAAAAUUCAAAGACCAGUUUCUACCUUACGUGGGUCUGUUGAAUUUUGUGGAAAGGGCGGGUAAACCCAGACUAGUUUUGUUAAAUAGAAGUUGAUCCCUAUUAUUUUGGGAAUGUUUGUUGGACUUAGAGAUUCUAUUAUCCUGUCACUGAUUAUAUGAGGUUUGAGAUACUGAAAGGCAAUGAUCACUGUUGCUUUUAGGCUCCCUUGCUUUGUGGGAAUAUGGUAUACUUUCAAGAAUAUACUGCAGACCUUUUUUGUAAUUCAUUGGGGAAAAAACAUGGUAAAUUGCAGCUUGGGAUUUAUCAAUUUCCUAAAAGCUGUGACUGUUUUGCUGGGAUACACUGGAGGUAGGAAGACUACUGAAAACUUUUGCACUUGAAUUUUGUUUUUAACUUUUUCUUUCAUAAAGAAUAGUACAGAUUAUCCAUUCCAAAAUGUCUUUUAUCUGAUCACAAAGGACAAGCAAAUGUCAGUAUCUCUUAUGAUGGUAAAAAUAGGAGUUAUUUAAUGCAAAUAAACUUUUCACAGUAUUAGACUUUUCAAAAUGUGCCUUUUAAUCCAGCUAAUGAAUGAAGCUAUAUGCCGUGUUUCAAGUAAGUAGAUAAAAACGCUAUAUAUUUUGAUACUCUUACGUGGUAAUCUAGAUUUUGUAAUGUAGGUUCAUAAAAUUCUCUUUGCCUUCCAUUUGUGACUGAAAAAAUUGUUUAAAAUUGGGGGGCUAUAAAAUGGUUACCUUAAAUGGCCGUUUAGAAAUGUUCAGUAUAUCCUGCCACCAGUAUGGUUUCAAAAGAAUAUAGGAUUCUUUAAGAAAAUUCCCUAGAGACAGUUUGCCUGUCUAGACAUUCAUGUACAGAAAAUUAUCAAGCUUCAUAAAAAGGGAGGCAUAAAGCUGAUGCUCUGAUUAUUGUGAGUAUAGCUACAUACAACUGUCUAGACACAAACACAUUUCAGAGAAGCUGAUAGCCAACAGAAGCUGAAAAAACUAUUCAGUUUUUCUCCUGUUUAGAACUGGUAUUGAGCCCUACUCACACUAAUAAAAAUGUGUUUUCAUAGUGUUAUUCAUGCACAGCUUAUCAUUCACAUCUUGGGGAAGGGUGGUGAAUAAUGAGUGCUUAAGUGAAGUUUCUCCCUAGUUUUCACUAAGCCUAAAGCAGACAAAGAGCUUGUUUCGAGGCCACAAAAGGACUAAAGAAAAUACUGAGUUGCUUUUGCUCUUAACUUUUAUUUGUCACAAUAUGGUUGAGAAAAAGUUGUAGAAAACGGGGUGAGUUCAAAGUCCUACUUGUAGUAUGCUAGCCUCUGAAACUGAGCAAAUUACUUAGUAUGGACACACUAUGCCUGUGCUUAACUCCAGCAAAAGGUAUCUUAACUGUGUUUUCCAAAAUUAACAAAAUGAAUCCUUACCAAAGUUGCUAUACUUGGGAACUUUCAAAGACAACUGACAGUGAAACCUAGAUAAAUGGACAGGAGGUAUUAAAUCACUUGUAAAGACAUUAAAACUAAACUCAGUAAAAGCCCAUCCUUUGUAUAUUAUGAAUGAGCAAAAACUGCUUUUGUAAAGCAUUUUAUAUCAGAAAUCUGGGCCAAUAGUAUCUUAGAAUGCCAUCUAAAAAUGUCAUAGAAUGCCAUCUAAAAAUGUCAUCUCAGUAGCGUGCACACACACACACAUAUAUUUUUUUGUGGUACACGGGCCUCUCACUGUUGUGGCCUCUCCUGUUGUGGAGCACAGGCUCCGGACGCGCAGGCUCAGCGGCCAUGGCUCACAGGCCCAGCCGCUCUGCGGUAUGUGGGAUCUUCCUGGACCGGGGCACGAACCCGUGUCCCCUACAUCGGCAGGCAGACUCCCAACCACUGCGCCACCAGGGAAGCCCAAUAGCACACUUUUCAGAUCAUGUGAUUAUCCUUGUAGUACUACCUAGUGAUGAACUUUAAACUGUUACAGCUCAUUUUAGGAAUAGUACUUCUGGCCAUAAUGGCACAUAUGGUACAUGGAAUUAGAAUUUUCCUUUUGCCACAGCACCUAAAAAAACUGAAGGAAAUUUCCUGUGUUUUAAAGAAAGGUAUUUGGCUAUCAUUCCUGAAUUUGCUCAUGUUUUGCAGGUGAAAAUAAUUAGCCUAAAACAAACUGUGUAGUAUAAAAACACAAAAAUAAGACGCACCUGUACCUCCCAUAGAAUUCUUGGUCACUGAAGAAGGCUGACAGUGACUGGCGGGGAUGUUUAAGUAAUGAACAUGGGUAGCGUAGGAAUUCUGAAGAAGUGAAGCAGAAAUUAUGUAGUUCAUACACGUUGUGGCUUAUCUGCUUGGUCCUGCAGUUUCAGCCCAUUCUUGUGGGUUCCAGCUUAUGGUUCCAACUUAUUCUUACCCCUCUCAACUAUCCUUCUUUUCUUGACUGCCUGUGGGCUUUAGUCUUCAGCAUCAGAUGCACAGCAUAGACAACUUUGAGACUAUUAAACCAACUCCCACAAUUAAGGUCAAAUCUCUGUCAACAAAUCUUUUUGGGUCAUUUGGCUCCCUGGAUUGAAUGCUGACUGAUUGAUUGAUAAGAACAAAAUUACAUGUUGCUAACCUACAGGAUGCUUGUCUUCCUUAACUUGAUAUUUAACGCCUACUAUAACCUUUAAGUAUAUUCUUAAGCAUAUUCCCACUAGCAAAGAAUUAGCAUGGUUCACACGUUAUUUUGCUGAAGAAUGUCUUUAUGAAUUUUACAUAUACUUUGAUAUUAUAAAAUGAAAAUGGGAAAAUAAAACUAAGUAAAACAGACUCAAAAUCAACAACUCCAGAAUUAGUCUCAUUUAAAAACUACCUCUGCUAAUAAACCCUCAGUAACAUAUUCUGAUGGUCUUUGAAAGUAUCAGUAGAGUUUCCAUAUUUAAACACAACUACAUGUAUUUGAUUAGAGAAAAUAUUUUAGAUAGGAGUGAAAUGCACUAGCUAGAUUUGAGACAAAAGGAACAGAAAUCACAAUUCCAGUUUAAAAGAUGUCUGUCGAUCUUCAAACAGCACAGACCACUUAAUCUGGUGCCCAAGUGAAGAAAGUGGUAUUGUUUUGCCAGAGGAAAAGUAGGCUUGUACAGGCUAUAUGACACUAAGAGCAGAACAUCAGUUUUAAGAUGCAACUCCAAGGUGAAUGUAAAAUUAGUUUUCACUGUUCUAGUAGAAGCCCAGUUUGUCUUUCUUCCCUAAAUAACUAAUAUUCUUCUACCUUCCACAUAGAAUCACUACCAGGGAGCUUAUUAUCCAAAACCUAUAUUCACAAAAAUGUAAAGGGAAAUAUAGCCAUAUCUGCACGCAAUUUAUCUUAGUGCUUUUGCUAAAACGUUACCCCAAACUGAAUUUUCAUAUAGUUUUGAAAAGCUCCAUAAUUAAAUAGCAGGUACCGUUUACUGACCCAGGCACACAGGGCUACAUUUUUUUCUACCAACUACUUUACAAGGUAGAUAUCACUCCCAUUUUACAGACAGGAAAAUGAAGGUAGGAAACAGGUCUCCCCAGCUGUAAAUGAAGCUGAAAUUCAUGACUGGGCUCUUAAAUAGCUACUACCUCAUUCACUCAUGAAGAAUUUAAGCAAAUAAAUAGCACAAACAUUUUUCUAACAAAACCACUUUUAUUUUUUAAUCAUUUUCACUACCAAAUACAGAACAAAAUUCAGUGUGGAGGCAGUGUUCACUUGAUUUCGACUGGUUAUGUGUUAAAGGCUUCUGUCCCGUGCAACCCUACCUUUGUGCAUAAAUGUUCACUGAAAAAUAACCUAAGUAUAGACUCCCUUCACGACAGCAUCUUAAGUCAGUGGUACUAUUUUAAAGCCCAAAAUUUCUUAAUCCCUUUUUAGAAAUCAGCAUACUAUAUAUUCAAAGACUACAAGUGAGGGAAUAAAAUUUGAGUAAUAUUAGGCUUAACCAAGUGAAACCGCCAAUAUCUUACUUGUUUUUGACUUACAAAACCGACAAUAUCAUAUGGUUCAAUCUUUAAAUGUUUUUCUACUAAAUUUUUUUGUAAGUUUAAAGAAUGUCAUUUGCGUUCAACUUCGUGUUUAAAAAUGCAGUGAUUUUUAGGACCAUUACUAGAAUGUCUUACUACAGACAAAAUUCCCUUCCAUAAAAUCUUUAAAAAGUUACUACAAACUGUAAAAACAAUGCUGGCUUAUCUAUACGGCAUUUCAAUUCUAAAAGUUAAAAAAAAAAAAAUUAUACUCCAAUUUGGAUAAAAGCUACAAUUCCGGCUCAUUUCCCCCUUAAUCCCAGCCACUCAAACACUACUCAUUUCAUAAAUGAAUAAAUAUACUAUUUAGUAUUGUACAGUAGAUACAUACCAUUGAGUUUCUAUACUAUUCCAGAAAAGUAUGUUUAUAUUCACCAAAAAUAUAAAUUUACUAGAUAUAGGUGGGAUCAUUUAUCCUAAAGUUCAUUGCUUUACUCAACCCAAGUCCUACACCCAAAAUAUAAGAAAGAAAAUUACACUUAGAAAAAGACUGUUUUAGAUAGAAAUUAAACUAAUUCUGACAAUUCUAAUGGCAACUAAUCACUACAGUGAUGGAUUCCAUCUUACUACUAUAUUAAAAUAUGUGGACUGAAAGGAAAAAGAACUUGAUAUGUAAAAUGAAUGAGGUAAAUGCCAUACAUUCAACAACGUAAAUAAAUACAAAUACAGUUUUACAGGAACAUAAACAUAAGUUUAAGGGUUUUAUUAUCAAAGUCUUGUAAAACAAUUUCAGAAACUGUACAUCAACAUGGCACAGACUGUAGCCUACUUUUGUUUUUACUGCACAAAAGUGAAGCUUGGAAACUCCUGUAAGAAAACAGUUGCCUAACUACUUUGCAUUUAACAUGGAAUCACUGUGUGCAUAAGAUUACUACUGCAGUAACAGUAACACAAAAUUUAUUGGUUUUAUACAACUUGAGAUCAAAUAAAAAGUACAUUAUCAAGUAGAUCUGUCUUAUUUUUAAAAGCAUAUGAAGGUCAAUUUAAAAUGCACUAUCCCCCUUUUCCAACAACGAGAUUAAAGCAAAUUAAUAAAAGAGUGGACAAUUGAAAAUCAGGACAAGAGAUAACUUUCUUUUACAGAUGGACUUCAGGAUAGGCAGAUAACUUUCACUGAUGUAGAUGUUCAAUAAAUUAUUUUAGGAAAAAAAA